AUGGACAACGAGCUCCAAAAGGACCCUCGCAACCAAGAAGUGGAAUAUCUAUACCUAGAAUUGGACACGCCUCUGCCGACACCACUCAUUACAUCACCUCCGGGACGAGACCAGUCACCUGCCCCAGAAUGUCCGGAUCUCAAGAAGUAUUCCAGUCCAUUUCUGUGGCCGAAAUGGCGCAAGUCCAUGAUGACAUGGAUCUCCUGUGCAGUUACAGCAUUGGCUGGUUACUCAGCUGGCGAAAUCAGUCCGUCGUCGGCUGAACUGACCAAGGAAUGGGGAAUUAGCCAGGUUGUCUAUAACCUGGGCAUCACUUUGUUCUGCAUUGGAUUUGCGUUGGCGCCGAUGGUAUUGGCUCCGUUUUCAGAAAUCAACGGGAGGAGGCCAAUCUUCAUUGCUAGUGGGAUUCUCUUUGUCGCCUGCAUCAUUGCCUGUGGGGGCACUCACUCUUUUGGAGGAAUGCUUGUUGCACGAUUCUUCCAGGGCGUAGGCGGAUCUGCAGCGACAUUCUCAACCAUGGUGGGAGGUGUGAUCAGCGAUAUUUACCAUGCGGAAGACCGGAAUACCCCCAUGGCACUGUUCUCUGGUGCUGCUCUUUUCGGUACUGGGCUGGCUCCGAUGCUCGCCGGCGCCGUUGUGCAACACACUACAUGGCGAUGGGUCUGGUACUCUCAUGCUAUCGUCUCAGCCGUCUUCGUUAUUAUCAUCUAUUUCUUCUUCAAAGAAACCCGAGGCAGUGUGCUUCUGAGUCGGAAGGCAAAAGCACUCAAUACAUACUAUGAAAAAUUGGAGAGUGCUGGGCAUUACGGAGUCAUCAUGUCUGAUAAGGAGACGGUCAAACGCAUCCGGUGGAAGGUGAAGAGUGAUGAGGAGAGGGCAUCCCUGGCACAGAUGAUCAGUAUCUCGUGCUAUCGACCGUUCCACCUACUUGUGACCGAGCCAACCGUGUUCUUCUUCUCUCUGUGGGUAUCUUUCAGCUGGGCAGUUCUAUAUCUCCAGUUUGGCUCCGUCCCGCUGGUGUUCGCGACAAACCAUGGAUUCAACGUUGAGCAAAGCGGCGCCGUCUUUACUUCCAUGUGCGUUGGUGUCGUCAUCAUAACAGUCAUAAGCAUCUACCAAGAAAGCUUCGCGCAACGCUUCGUCACUCUCCCCAAAUCCGCCGAGCGACGACUCUACUUCGUCUGCAUCCAGUCCCUGCUUAUGCCAAUCGGUUUGUUCUGGUUCGGCUGGACGUCCUACCCCUCCAUUCCAUGGAUUGUCCCAACGAUAGCAGUUGGAUGCGCUACCAUGGGCAUCUUCUCGGUCUACCUAGCCACCUUUAAUUAUUUAGCCGACACCUAUCACCGGUACGCCAGUUCGGCGAUUGCGGCACAGUCUUGCUGUCGAAAUCUCCUCGGUGGUGUCUUUCCAUUGGUAACCAACGCCUUGUUUACGAACCUUGGAUAUCCUGCCGCUUCCAGUCUACUCGGGGGAAUUGGAGCCUUGCUGUGUAUCGUCCCAUGGGUCCUUCUGCUGUUUGGACCCAAGAUUCGCGCCAGGAGCAAAUUUGCAAGUGAACUUGCACACUAG